AUGACGCCGGCCAGGUCCGCAGCGGCGGCGGCGGCCAGCGCGCCCUCGGACGGCGCCGGGGGCCGGGGGCCGGGGGCAGGCGCGGGGGGGUGCCCUCUCCGAGGGGCGAGCCCGUGGCGGGCCAGCUGCGGGCGGCCGGGCGGCCCCCUCCCGCUCCUCCUCCUCGCGGUCCCGCUCAGGCUCCCGCCCGCCGGGAGAGACCGGGGGUCAGCGCUCAGGUCCUCGCCCCGGGGGGGCGCACGGGCAUCUCCGGGAACCGCGGCAGAGAGGGGAGGCUCGGGGGCGGGGCGGGGCGCUCAGGGCCCGCCGCAGCGCCCUGGCACCGGGGCGCCCGAGCCCGGCCCGGACUCCGCGGGCAUCCGGCCGCUCCCGGGGACGGCGGCUUUUGUCUGCCUGCGCUGCUCCGGGCGGGUCCGCUGGGCGCGGAGGGAGGCGCUCCUCGGCAAGGGCGAAGGGGGCGGAUGCUCGGGGCCGGCGGACGGGGCUGCAGCUGCGGGCCGGGAGGCGGCGGGACGGGGCUGCUGCUGCGGGCCGGGCUCGGGCGGAUGCUCGGGGCCGGCGGACGGGGCUGCUGCGUCUCGGGGCCGGCGGACGGGGCUGCUGCGGGCCGGGAGGCGGCGGGACGGGGCUGCUGCGUCUCGGGGCCGGCGGACGGGGCUGCUGCGGGCCGGGCUCGGGCGGAUGCUCGGGGCCGGCGGACGGGGCUGCUGCGGGCCGCCGCUCCGGGGCACACCCCCUGCCCGCGCCGCUGGCGAUCGGCUCCUGCGGGCUCACGUCCGGGCGCUCGGCGGGCUCUGCAGAGGCGCGGGGGCGCGGAGGCUUCCCGGGAGCUCGGCGCCAGCCGCGGCCGCUUGUCGGGCGGCGCCGCGGCGGGAGGACAGGCGGGCGGGUCCCCGCGGCCCCGCUGGCGGCUCGCUGCUCCCCGGCCGAUGCGCCGCCGCCGCCGCUCGGCUGCUCCGGGCCAAGGCUCGCCUGCUCUCGCCGGGUGCAACGGAGCCCAGCUGCAGCCCCGGCCGCGCGCGCGACUCCUCCCCCUCUGGCGCGCGGGCACAGCCCGGGCCAGACACCCCGGCGGGGCGGGGCGAGCGGAGGGGCGGGCCCUGGGAGGGGGCGGGGCCAGUCAGCCGCCAGCCCCUGCCUCCCGCCCGCCCUCCCUCCCUCCCUCCCUCCCUCCCUCCCUGGGCUCCCGAGUCCGCCGGGCCUGGGCGCGGGGGCUGCUGCAUCCUCCAGCCCGCCACCAGCCGCCGGGGCCCGGGCCCGCAGGCGUCCUCGCCCAUCCCACCCCCAGAGCAGGACUCCGAGAACGCCCCGGCCCCACGGCCGCCCAUCCCCCCUUCCCCCCCCCCCCACCCGCACCCGCAGCCUGGCGCAGUGGCGACCGCGCACCCCGCGGGCAGUGGGCAGCGCCCCGAGCGCGCAAGCCCCAAGUCCGGGCGCCGCCCUGGGCUCUCGGGAGGGAGGCCCGGAGCCCGCGUCCCGCCUGCCUGA